UCUUGUUCCUCAAUUUUAUGAAGAACCCAUUUCAGUCAUGAAUUUCAUCAAAGUUCAGACCUCUCCUAUUCUAUCCCCAAAUUCAGUUAAUAAAAACCUAAUCUUCAUAAAAUCUAAACAUGGGUUUGUGUCGAUUGACUCAAACUCAAACCUUAAAACUCAGUAUUCAUGGAAGAUAAACAAAACCCUUGAUACUAAAAGAAGGAAAUUUGAAGUUUAUUGUUCAGUGAAUGACAGUAAUGGUGAUAAAACAAGUAAUAUAUGGAUGAAAUGGAUGCCCAAAGGAGACAUAGCUGAAAAGGUUUUCAGAUUAAUAUCAAGUGCUACUUCUAGUCCAAUUUGUCAGUAUGUUUCAUCUCCUACCACAUUUUUGCAUUCUGUGGAUCCUAGAAUCAAAUUGGUAUGGUUAUUGGCACUUGUUGUAUUACCAGCAAGAUCACAUAUUGUAAUGCGAUUCGGAUUAGUUGGAUACUUAGCUCUUUUGUCGAUAUGGAUUCUCCCACGCCAAGUUUGGAUGGAUCAAUUGGGAAGAGUUGGAUUGUUGUCUGGGAUUCUAUUUAUAAUGUUGGGUUUGGGUUCGGAUGGUGUACCUCCACUUGUUCAGUCAAGAACUCCACCACCUGCGAUGAUGGGAUUGUCUAAUAUUCCAGCUUCAUUGGGAGGUUAUUCAUAUUUGGUUAUGAAGCUUGGUCCAUUGCAGCUUACAAGGAAAGGAUUGGCAGUAGCAAGCACAUCCGCAUGUUUAACUUUCACCAUCUUCCAAAGUGCAAGUUUGUGUCUAUCUACAACCACACCGGAGGAACUUGCUGCCGCUUUAAGAUGGUUUAUGCUUCCAUUAGCACGUGUUGGUGUUCCUGUGUCUGAAGUAAUCCUCACCCUACUGCUUUCCUUGAGGUUCAUCAGUCUAGUUUUUGACGAGGUUCGUAAUGCUGCACUCGGGAUUGUAGCUCGAAGGAUUAAUUGGAAGCAUUUGACAAUAAUGGAAACAGUUGAAAUUUUCUUCAUAUACGUACGUCGAAUCUUCAAAAAUAUUUUUAGCCAUGCGGAGCAGAUCACGCAGGCUAUGAUUGUUAGAGGAUUUCGUGGUGAUGCAAACACUCAUAAGAUUUACUUCCUACGGAAUUCAUCGUUUCGGUUCGCCGAUUUUGUUUCCUUAUUGUUCCUCGGUGGUGUUAUUGGCGCCGCAAUUUUGUCUGAGUACUACCUCAUCUGAUACAUAUCUCAUAAAAAAACUGCCAAAAGCUGGUAUAAUGAUACAUCCAAUUUCAAGUGGGUGUGGGGAAUCUGAACAUCCAUAUGCACCGUAUCCCUUCAAGCCAUAGUUGUGCCGAGUGUGAAUUCACAGGACUGAUAUAGGCGCGAACGGGGAUGUUGUAUGGAGGACGUAACAUAAUUCAUCACAUGUGGUGAGUGCAUCUCACUUUUGAUUAGUCCUGUCGGAUUUAGCACCUAGCGGCGAAGGGGAUUCUUUACUGUGACAAAAUUAGUUGAAUACUCUGAAGCUCUACGAAGAUGUAGUAAUUGUAGAUCUCUGCACUUAAUUUGUGUGAAGCAUUAUUUUAGCCCCACUUGGGAUUGCAUUUGUUCAGUAUUACUCUGUAACUAACUUUUAGUCAAAAUAGAGUUCGACUCAGAGUUCUGUUUGGAGGAA